GAAACAUCCAUGGAGUUUCUGUGCCAAUAGUCAACGGUCACACGGAUCCUUUUCUUCCUUGUUAAAAUCCUUCUUCCAUCCAUCUAGGAUCUUGCUCCAUCCUUCACCAUUCUAAUGGAUUCUUCUUUUUUCCUUGUCGUAGUCGCAGCUGCUAUAGGCUUCUUCAUACUUUUUCGAAAAUUCAGAUUCCAAGAAAGUAAUUCUUCUUCUUUAUCUCUUCCAUCUCCUGCAACUUCUGUGUCUCGAAACUGGAAACACGAUGUCUUCCCGAGCUUCCAUGGGGCAGAUGUCCGAAGAACCUUUCUUAGUCACAUCAAGGAAUCGUUCAGAAGAAAGGGAAUUGACACAUUCAUUGAUAAUAAUAUAGAGAGGAGUAAGUCGAUCGGUCCUGAGCUCAAAGAAGCUAUCAAAGGAUCAAAGAUCGCAAUCGUUUUGCUCUCAAGGAAAUAUGCUUCUUCGUCAUGGUGUCUUGAUGAGUUGGCCGAGAUCAUGAAAUGCAGGGAAAUGGUGGGUCAGAUUGUCAUGACCAUUUUCUAUGAAGUGGAGCCAACUGACAUAAAGAAACAGACUGGUGAAUUCGGAAAAGCCUUCACAAAAACAUGUAGAGGUAAAACAAAAGAGCAUAUUGAGAGAUGGAGAAAAGCUUUGGAGGAUGUGGCAACAAUCGCCGGAUAUCAUUCUCACAAAUGGUGCGAUGAAGCGGAGAUGAUUGAAAAGAUAUCCACUGAUGUUUCAAAAGAUUUCGAUGAUUUUGUUGGGAUGGCAGCUCAUAUGGAAAGGACGGAACAAUUGUUACGCCUAGAUUUGGAUGAAGUAAGGAUGAUUGGGAUUUUGGGUCCGCCUGGGAUUGGUAAGACGACCAUCGCUACAUGUAUGUUUGAUCGAUUCUCCAGGAGAUUUCCAUUUGCUGCAAUCAUGACGGAUAUCAGAGAAUGCUAUCCAAGACUUUGUUUGAAUGAGCGCAAUGCACAAUUGAAACUACAAGAACAAAUGUUGUCUCAGAUUUUCAAUCAGAAAGAUACCAUGAUUUCUCAUUUAGGAGUGGCACCAGAACGUUUGAAAGACAAGAAAGUGUUUCUCGUUCUUGAUGAAGUGGGUCACUUAGGACAACUAGAUGCCUUGGCGAAAGAAACUCGAUGGUUUGGUCCUGGAAGUCGGAUUAUUAUCACAACAGAAGAUCUAGGAGUUUUGAAGGCCCAUGGGAUCAAUCAUGUUUACAAAGUGGGAUAUCCAUCAAAUGACGAGGCUUUUCAAAUCUUCUGUAUGAAUGCCUUUGGUCAGAAACAACCAUGUGAAGGUUUCUGUGACCUUGCUUGGGAGGUUAAGGCAUUAGCUGGUGAACUCCCUUUGGGAUUGAAGGUUCUAGGCUCCGCUUUGCGGGGGAUGUCCAAGCCAGAGUGGGAAAGAACACUACCAAGGUUAAGAACUAGCCUCGACGGAAAAAUCGGGAACAUUAUACAGUUCAGUUACGAUGCCUUAUGUGACGAAGAUAAAUAUCUAUUUCUUUAUAUAGCCUGCCUUUUUAACUACGAAUCAACAACCAAAGUGAAAGAGCUUCUUGGAAAGUUCUUGGAUGUGAAACAAGGUCUUCACGUAUUAGCUCAGAAAUCUCUCAUAUCCUUUUAUGGAGAAACAAUACGGAUGCAUACUCUGCUAGAACAAUUUGGAAGAGAAACUUCCUGUAAGCAAUUCGUUCAUCAUGGCUAUAGGAAACAUCAACUUUUGGUAGGUGAAAGGGAUAUAUGUGAAGUGCUCGACGAUGAUACAAGAGAUAAUAGACGUUUUAUAGGGAUAAAUUUGGAUUUACGUAAGAAUGAGAAAGAAUUGAAAAUAAGUGAGAAAACACUUGAAAGAAUGCAUGAUUUUCAAUUCGUUAGAAUCAAUGACGUAUUUACUCAUAAGGAGAGACAGAAACUGCUUCACUUCAAGAUUAUACAUCAACCUGAGAGAGUGCAGUUAGCACUAGAAGAUCUGAUUUAUCACUCUCCACGAAUUAGAUCAUUGAAAUGGUUUGGUUACCAGAAUAUAUGUUUGCCUUCUACUUUUAAUCCAGAGUUUCUCGUCGAACUAGAUAUGAGUUCCAGCAAGCUUCGGAAGCUAUGGGAAGGAACUAAACAACUUAGAAAUCUCAAGUGGAUGGAUUUGAGUGAUUCUGAAGACUUGAAAGAGCUUCCCAAUCUUUCAACUGCAACUAAUCUCGAAGAAUUAAAGCUUAGACGUUGCUCAAGUUUAGUGGAGCUCCCCUCCUCUAUUGAAAAACUCACCAGUCUCCAGAUAUUAGAUCUCCACAGUUGCUCAAGUCUUGUGGAGCUUCCCUCUUUUGGAAACGCAACUAAACUUGAGAAACUAGAUCUUGAAAAUUGUUCGAGUCUUGUGAAGCUCCCACCAUCUAUCAAUGCCAAUAAUCUCCAGGAAUUGUCUCUAAGAAAUUGUUCACGUGUUGUGGAGCUCCCUGCUAUCGAGAAUGCGACUAAUCUCCGUGAAUUGAAGCUCCAAAAUUGCUCAAGUCUAAUAGAGCUCCCUCUUUCAUGGGUCAAGAGAAUGUCUCGUUUACGUGUUCUGACACUCAACAACUGCAAUAAUCUGGUAUCACUCCCCCAACUUCCAGACUCCCUUGAUUACAUAUAUGCAGAUAAUUGUAAGUCCCUCGAGAGACUGGACUGUUGCUUUAACAAUCCAGAGAUUAGUCUAUAUUUUCCCAAUUGCUUCAAACUGAAUCAAGAAGCCAGAGAUCUCAUCAUGCACACAUCGACUUCUAGAUUUGCGAUGUUACCCGGUACACAAGUGCCUGCCUGCUUCAUUCACCGAGCUACUUCUGGGGAUUACUUGAAAAUCAAGUUGAAGGAGUCGCCUUUUCCUACAACCUUGAGAUUUAAGGCUUGUAUCAUGCUUGUUAAGGUUAAUGAAGAAAUGAGUUAUGAUCAGAGAUCGAUGAGCGUUGACAUUGUCAUCAGUGUACACCAAGCUAUCAAAGUUCAGUGUACACCAAGCUAUCAUCAUAUAUAUCCAGUUUUAACAGAGCAUAUAUACACAUUUGAACUUGAAGUAGAGGAGGUGACUUCCACGGAGCUUGUCUUUGAGUUCAUAUCAUUCAGAAGCAAUUGGAAGAUAGGAGAAUGCGGGAUACUCCAAAGAUAGAUAGGAGACAUUCUUCGCCGGAUCUCUCGUCGGGAUCUUCUCGUGCGUUCUCUCUCUCUCACACUCUCCCCUUCUAUCUCCCUGUCUCAUGGAUUGGUUAAUGAUUCGAUUUUUCCUAAUGGGUUUCAGAUGUUUCUAGCUAGGACCACUGUUUGAGAGGUAAGAAUCAUGGGUUUGAUUUCUCCUUGAGUCAUUCGAUGGAUUCGAUUAUUGGUUUUAUUUUGUGUGAAUGGGAGUUAGCUGUGAAAUAUGUGGUAGCUCGUUUUGGAAAAGUAAGAUUCAUGGGUUUUGUAUUGAGUUUAUGAUGCUUAUAGGCUGUAAUUUUUCAUGGGUUUUUGUAUCUGUCGUGUAUUUAUAAAAAGAUGAAACAUUGAUGUUCAAAGCUUGCUAUUUUUUAUCUGUAUAGAUAGCUACGAAGGAUUAUCUUAAAGAUGAAACAUUGAUGUUCAAAGCUUGCUAUUUUUUGCCUCUUUCAAUAUCUCUGCAGUGUGGUUUUUGUUUUGUCUUUUGCUAUUUAUCUAACCAAAUACUUUCGAUUGGUUUUUGUGAAAGUGAUUGGGAUCAUCAAUAAGACUUAAGUUUAGCCAUGAAAGUCGUGUAAAGUCAUAUAAUGCUUGAUUGAUGGAUAUGUCUAUUUUGCUGGUUUCAUUUCUUGCAAGUUUCUAAUUCUCUGGCAUUUUUGUUGUUGUUGUGGUUGUUGUUGUUGUUUGUCUUCUGUAAUAAGUGCCUUUUUUAUAUAUGUUAGUGUUAGGAAAUUUUCAAAAACAAAGCAAACUUAUAAGAUUGUGAUGGACACAAUCGCUAGUCUAAGUAAAGAAGCUUUAAUUACCACAUUCCAAGAUGUGUAAGAUAAGACAAUAAUUUAGAUAGGUUAGUUCUACUGAUUUUGUCAAUUAGUCGUAAGUAUGAGUAUUUACUAGUGUUCUAAAGACCACUUAUAUGGUAUUUAUGUAUCAUAAACAUUGUGUCUAGCUACUGGAAACCGUUUGCAAACUACACAUUGAUUAAUCAUUUGAGUCGGAUUUGGCAAGCUAAUGUAGUUAUAUAAUGACAUGUUACUUUUUAAACUGCUAAUAUUUCUUGCAAAUAUUUUCUUGCGUUUGAUUUAUUUGUGUAUGUUGUUGGCAUUUUUGGUUGCAAGUUCUGUUUUUAAUGAAUCUGAUUGGUCUUUUCUAAAUACUAAUCGACUUCAUCCUUAUCAAAUUUGAUUGGUUUCAUCAUUUGAGCUAAUUCUAUCUGAUUCUUGUACAUUAUUUUAGUAUUCGUCUAUGUUUGAUGACAUAUCAUUGAUGUGAUAAAUGCAGGUGAUUGAAAAUCUUUAAUAGGAGCUGCCAUUGUGUGUUGAAUGGGUAUCACGUACUGCUUCUAAGUGAUCCAAAUCCUGCUUCAGCCUCUGGACUUGUUCUUUCUUCUAAGUGAGCCUUUUGGUAAUAAUUUUCCAUCUGUAAUGAGCUUGAUUGCUUGCAGUGUUUUCUUUGCGUCUCUUGGUGUUUGUUUGGUUAAAUCUGUUUCUUUUUCUCUCUGAGAGAUCAUCACAAGUCAAUAAAUAGAUCAUGUGUUUCAGAUAUGCUCGUUUCAUGCGUAUGUAUCAUGUUUUAUCUAUGUUUGGUAAAAACUUAUAUAACACUGAAGAUAUUAAGAUUUUUGGAGUU